AUGUCUGAGACACCAUCAUUUUCAUUUUCUUCUGAUGUCAGUGAUGGGCCAUCCCAAGGUAUGUCAGACAAGAACGAAUGGAUCACCACCAGGCAUCACGGCUCUGCUUCUGUAAAUACUCCAUUACCCUAUAUUAACAAAAUUAUUCAUCACAUUCAGGAGUUAGAAUUGAAGAUAGAGAAUCACUUUCAACAGUAUGAUUAUGUGUUUAAGGAGGAGAAAACACCAUGGGUAACAAAACAAGCCAGUGCUGACACUACUGAAGAUAACUGGUUAUCAUUAUCCACCAAGUCGGAUUUUAAAGAAGCUGAUGUAUCUUGUGAAGAUGGCAAGGCAUUAACCUUGCAGAAGGAAACAGAAGCUUUGCUAUUGGAUGUUAUUCAGCUAAUUAAGCGACUGGAGGCUGAUCGUGAGGAGGCAGAAAAAGCUUUGGAGUUGGAAAAACCUAGGGAAAAGUUUAGCAUGAAAAUGGACUGCUUGUCACUUUGGAGGCUUCAGCAGCUCCCUGCAGCCGUGCAAAAAGAAUAUGAUCCGUGUGCUGAAGAUAUCUUUGAGGUACAAUGGCAUCUCGAUUGUAAAAGAUAUCAGCUGCAACAGAUAUAAAACCAAAUACUUCCAAUAGAAAGAGACAACAGAAAGAUUCAGGAGGAUAUAGACUUGAUGAAGAAACACAGCCAUCUGCUGGAAGAAAAGCUGAAUCUAGAGGGUGAAGCUGUGAAGGAUAUGUUACUGGUUUAUGUAAAGGCAUCAAAAUUAUAUAGUGAUAUUUGUUAUGAACUCAUGGAAAUUCAAAAGACUGUGGAGGAAAUUACUGAAGAAUCUGAAAAGAAGAUAAUAUCUAUGUCUGAAGAAACUAAAUGUGCUGAGAUGCUAUUGCAUCAAUGCAAGAAUGAGUUAAAGCAGUCUGAAUUUAUUUGGACCGAAUACUGUAUGAAGUUAAAAGAAACAGAGGAGAAGAUUAUAAAGGAUGAAAAACACCUUGAGGAGUUAGUGAAGCAAAAAGCAGAAAUCCAGGAAGAUGCAGAAUAUUGGAACAGCAAAAUAGAAGAUUUGAAUAAUAAAAUGGCUGCCCAAGGAGAUGAAAGUAUAAAAAUAUCAGACACUUCUUCUAAAGUAGUUAAAGCUGUGGAAGAAUUAAAAUCCACUGAGGAAAGGGAUCUACUGGAUAUAAAGCAAAAUGUUCUCAAUAUUAAUGAAGCAUUGGACAGUUUGAAAUGUGAAAUGAAGAACUUGAAUGAUGGGGCAGAGUGUACCUGCAGGAAGUUUGCUGAUGAUACCAAACUGGGAGGAGUGGCUGAUGCACUGGAGGACCACGCUGCCAUCCAGAGAGACCUCAGCAGGCUGCAGAAAUGGGGUGAAAGGCACCUCAAGAAGUUCAACAAGGAGGAGUGCAAAGCCCUGCCAUGGGGAAGAACAACUCCAUGCACCAUUCAACAAGAAAGAAAGGACAUGAGUCAGAAAUCGAAUCUGCAAAAACAUAAGACUGAACAGCAACUAGAAAGACUUAAUGAAGAUAUCUGUAAUGAUGAAUUGUACUACAGUGAAACAAAAAAAAAAAUUCACGUGUUUUUCAAGAUAAGGAGGUUCUUGAAUGCACCUUAUACUUCUUUUAAGGACAGGUUUAAAUCAGAAUAUGAUGAGCUAGAGGAAAAACAAAAAGAGAAACUCAAAAUUAAGGAAGAUAUGAAGAGGAUAGAAGAGAUUGGUGGUCAAGUAGCUGCUGUAGAAGAAAAACAUUAAAGAAAAAAAAAGAUGUAUCUAAAGACAAGCAUGAGAGAGAAAGUAAAGAAACGUGGGGAGCGGAGUAAGACUAUUUUUCCCUGCUGUGUUAUGAAACUCUCCUAUUUGAAUCAGAGAAUACAAGAGCUAGAUAAGCAGCAGGAGCAAACUGAACAACAACUGAAAGAAAAAAAGAACGUUAUGCAGCAACAAUUAAAUGGUAGGCAGGAAAAAUUUUCAUUUGUAUCCAGUCAGAUUGCUGAAAAUUCUCAUACUGUGGAAAAUUUAAAACACAAAAUUAAAGGAAUACAUGAGUUAUGUGACAUGAAAGAAGUAUAGAUGGAAAAGAUAGAGCAACCUUUUGCUGAUUUGCGACGAAUGUCAAGUGGUGUAAUGAUUAAGGAAAAAAAUGUUCAGAUGGUGUUUAAUCAUCUUGAAGAUAAGCUAGCAGAAUAUGAGAAAAAGUUAAAUCAGGAAGAAAAAACAUAUGGAAAAUUACUACAGAUCAGAAAGAAAAAAAUGGAAGAUUCAGAAGCUGCUCUGGAGAAUAUCAUGAAAGAAAAUCUGUUGUUAGCUCAAGAAUAUCAAAUCGUUCAGAACUACUGCUUAAAAGGUAAAGAAGACCUCAGAGAAAUCUAUGCCAAUAGAAUCAGGGUGGAAAAUGCCAUGAAACAUCAUCAGCAGGUUUGGGCACUGCAGAAGCGGCUGUGCGGGGUGCUGGCAGCACAGCGGAGGCAGCACGGCCUCUCCAACCAGGCUGGGCUGGCGAGAAUCCAGGCAGCCUCUCAGGAGAACGCUCAGAAAAUAUUAGCUGUGCAGGGGGAGUUGUCAAAAGCAAUCCAGCACACCACCGGCUUCUUGCACUCUUUGACAGAUGGCUCACCGGCUACAGACAACGAUGCAAACAACUAGUGUAUCCUGGAUGCUGAAAUAAAAGACAAGAAAAGUCACACAGUUCAGAUAACAGUGUAAUUGGACAUUCACCUGUUUGCCAUUUCACACUUCCAUGGACGAAAAACUCACUCACCUCCCAGCAUGCCUUGCCAUUCUUUUACUUACAGCAAAUCCAUAACAAUGAAACAGGUGACUUUCAUGCUGCUGUCAGGAACGAUCUAAUUUCAGCUCUGGGUGACUGAUUGCAAUUGGCUUUGCCUCAUCUGAUAAUUAAUCUAUGUCACCAUUAAUUGGAAGAGAGAAUAAUUACUGGCGGUGUUGACAGUGACUGUACGCUUCCCCAGAUUUCCCCACUGUGUUGGCCCAAAUAAAGGCUUUGCAAUUUGGUACUUAAAGUUUAUGUAAACUGGAACAAUACCUAUGCCCAUGUGACGCUUGCAGACACUCUGUCUAAUAUACUUUUGUUUUUGUGUUUACCAGUCUUUUUUAGCUCUCUGAGAGCUGUCUCCCUCAAUCACUCCUCAAUGUUCUAUCUUAAUUUUGUGGAAGUUUAAAGUUUUCAAUGAGCUGGAGAUGAAUGAUUAAUGAAUAAAUUUAAAUGCUUCAUUUUGUCCAUG